GCAUUGCGCCACAACAACUAGUGGAAUGAGGAAGUAACUCGUGGAGUUUCAUGAUUGAAGAGUUGUUGCUGUCCGAUUGGGCCGAAGUAGUGAUGGCGCCUUCUUACAGGUGUAUUGAAUGCAGUUGUCACGCGAAGGAACUGUACAGAGAUUACAACCACGGGGUUCUCAAAUUAACUAUAUGUGAAUCAUGCCAGAAGCCAGUUGAUAUGUACAUUGAGUAUGAUCCUGUCAUUAUUUUUAUUAAUGCUAUUUUAUGCAAGGCCCAAGCUUUCAGACAUAUUAUUUUCAACACAAAUAUAAACAUUCAUUGGAAGCUUUGCAUAUUUUGCUUACUUUGUGAAGCAUAUCUGAGAUGGUCACAACUUCGAGAUUCGAGCCAAAGUAAUGAUCCUGCUGAUAUAAUUCGAUAUGCUAAAGAAUGGGAUUUUUAUAGAAUGUUUGGAAUGGCCAGCUUAGAGCAAGCUGCCUUUCUUCUUGGUGUGUUCACCCUCACCUGGCUUUUAAGACCAGAUGCUGUGGAUAAAAUGUCAGACUUGGUCUUACUUCUGAAAGCACUGCUACUCUCUAGCUAUGGAAAACUCCUCUUGAUUCCAGCUGUCAUUUGGGAACAUGAUUAUUUUCCAUUGUGUUUAAAUCUUAUUAAGCUGUUUGUCCUAACCUCGAAUUCCCAAGCUGUAAGAGUUGCUUUGAAUGCCAGCAGAAGAUUUUCAGCAUUGGUCAUCUUGACUGGACUUGUCUGUGAACGCAUUACAGCAUAUAGCUUUGAAGUGAUGGAAUUGAAUACGUGAAACAAAAUCUCUUAAAGUGGCCUUAAAAUACUUUUUAAAAAUGUGUAAUUCUAUGGAACAUCGUAAAAAAUAUUAUGAUAAAAAGCAAUCCUGAAAUUCUACUUUAUAGCAAGACUUGAAAGUAAAUGAAUACCAGAAGGAUUGACAGUAACAGCAGCUGAAGGUAUUCUUGAAAAAUACCAGACUUUCAUCCUUAUGAUUUUGAGUACUGUUAUUUGUAGGUUGGUGGUAUAAAUUGGAGCUGUGAACAACUCAAAGGUAAUGGGCAUUUUCUGAAGUGUGCAGGCUUCAAUAAGGUAAUAAGGCCCACCACUAGUAUAAAAAAGUGGUGGCAUAAUUCUAUAUACAGGCUGUAGAGUAGAAAAGUCUUCUUGUCAUAAUCAGUAGAAAUAUCUAACACUGGGGUCCUUCAUUGGUGUAUUUGUGGGUUGGGUAUGCAUUCACCAAUCACAGUUGAGCAUUUUUGGAAACUUCUAUGUUUAAAGUGUCCACUUCACUGUACUGAUGCAUGAAGGGAUAAGAAGAGAUGAAUCUUUGCAUGAAAAUGAGAGGCUGAUAACAGGCAGCUCAAGGUAGUGGACUUCUUACACACUGAUUGACACAGUAGGCUAUACAACUCGAAAAGUUUCCCAUCUGGUUCGUGCAUAGGAUAGUAUGGCUGAGGUUUUCAUUCCUCUAGGAGGAGCUCAAGAACAAGAUUCUGAGGGCCUAUUUCUUGGGGGAAGUGCUGUUCAGCCUGCCCGUCCAGGAACUGGUCAUUGAUGUCCUGACAAAGAAGCAUAUAUAUCCUUUUCUCUACAAAGGGCCUUUAUGACUCCCUUUCUGCUUCCACUCCUCUUUGGUUUGAUCAGGCCCAAAGGGAGAAGAGGUCUUCCUGCCACCUGACCACAGUUUCAAUGUCCUUUAGAGAUCAUUGUUGCAGUAUUACUAACUGAUGUAGAUAUCCUGUCAAGGAUAGCAGUACGUCCCGCCAGUAUACCUUUCUUGAGCAGUACAUCCUAUGUGACCUAAGCUGAAAGGCAGGAGGUACAUGAGGGAUGUACAAGCAUACAUUACCUCAGAACUUCCUUUCCUCCAGCCCAAAAGCAGAACUUUGCUUCUUCUUUGGUCUGUGAGUUGUACAACUGGUAUAGCUACCUAACUGUUGGGUGUAUAAGUACCCUUUUAAGGCUUCUUCCUUUCCUUACUGUUUUUCUUGAUUGUUGUGCAUGUGAUCCGAGAAAGGGAAAUGUGACUGUUGGAGGCAAAUUGUACACAAAGAUCAUCAUGGGAAGUAUUUUUUUUUUGUCUUGGGGCUGAAUAUAACUACAGAACGUAUGCAAUGUGUCAGUCCUUUGUUCUAAAGACCCUCUGCAGCCAUUUAAUUCCUUAAAUAUAUACUUAGAAAAGCAAAAGCUCAAAGAGCUUAUGCAUGGCACAAUGUUGUCUGAGUCUUCCCAUCCUAAUGUCUAGCCAUUACCAAAGAAGCCCAUGACGACCAAGUCAAAGUGUCUGCUGUCCAAACAGACCCAGGCAUCUAGUUCUCAGACCAUCUGGUGCCCACGGCUGCCCCCACUACCACAACCCUGUUGGAAGCUUAUAUUGGGCAGCCCAUUUGCGCAUCCAUGUGGUUGAUCUGACAUUUGCAUCAGAUGGGAAGGGGGAACCUGGGCCCUGCUCCUCAGUAUUUUCAAGUUGCACCAGCUGUUUUAUGUCCUUCUUCUAUCCCUCUCAAUUGGCAGAGGGAUUUUUCUUCUGAGGAGGAAGUUUAGGAUUCAGAUGAGAAUUCAUUGACAUAUUCUUCAGAAAUCUGUUCCCCCUUGGCUGUGGAUUCUGAUGAAGAUGAUGCCUUUUCUCCUGAUCCUCCUUUCGAGACGCUCUCAUUUGGAAAUGUAGUGGUCAAGAUGAUGGUGCAUUUUAAGUGGGAAAACAUCAAGAUCACUGAUGCACAACAGAGAUCUUAUGCCCUUUUGGACAUGGGUGUCCUACUUGGAUACCUUCACUAAUGCUUUUCUGAAUCCAGAAUGUCUGCCUCCCACUCCUUAGAAACCAGAUAGGUUUGAUAAGGUCCCUGAAGAUCAAAAGUUUCUUUGUUAAAAUCCCUCUUCUGAUCCUGCUUUAAUUUCACUUUCUGCAGAAUACCCCACUCAGCUAUUGCCAUCCUGUAAUUUGUUACCUACAAAUAAGGAUAGCCAGGUCAUUGAUGGAUAUGGUAAAAUGGUUUAUACCUCUUCUACCAUGGCCUUUUAGGUCUGUUAACUAUCAGACCCAUAUGACAGGGUACCUUUUAUCUAUCCUCUCUAACCUGAGGGAAGUAAUCAGUGCCAUGCCACAGUCAGACAAUAAUUCUUCUGCUCUAACUGUGCCUAAUUCUACCUCUCAGGUGGCCAGAUACUCCAUCAAGUGCAGUUAUGAUGCUGUGGUUGCAUCUUCUAGAGUGGCUGCUUCAAGGUCUGUCAUUCAUAGGAGUUCUUGAUUAAGACUACAAUCCUUCCUAAAAAAUCUUAAACCCAAGUUGUUGGAUUCUCCACUGGGCAAACUAUAUCUCUUUGGAUCUGCAGCUGUGGAUCCUUACAGGAAAAGAGAAAAGUUAUGUAGGACUUAAGCAGAUUUUCCUUUCCGCAUUGCCUAAAGUUCAGAUGAAUUAUCUUGUUAAAGCAGGCCCUUGUGUUAGUAGAGAAUAAUAGCAACCCCCAAAAGGCCAAAGGAGUCACAAGAGAACAUUUCAGGACAAAUCAGGGCUGGAUAACAAUGGCUCUAAGUCUUUCUUUUCUGAUAAACCUGCAAUCUUAUGACUAUUUCCCCUUUCCACCUCCCAUGAUCCUGUAUCCCAGAGACUAUCUCUUUUUUUUCUGCCUGGAAGGAAAUCACUGCAGAUCAUUGUGUUCUUUCUGUUAAUAGAAAAGGGGUACAGAAUGUCUUGAAGGUAUCAUCCCCCUUUUUCUGGAAUCCCUCAACCUCCUCAAAAUCAGUUGCUUCUAGUUCUUUCUCGUUUAGUAUUCAUCCUAGCACAAGGAACUGUUCAGGCAGUCCCCCCCAUCUCAGUAUGGUAGGGGCUUUACCCUAGGUUGUUCCUAGUCCCAAGAAAAGAGGACUCCUGGAGAUCAAUUCUAGAUUGUUCCUGUCCAAACACAUAUCUCCAUGUCACAAGUUUUAAAAUCUUAGAUCUCCAGUCCCUAUUCCCUUUCAGGCAGGGUCAAGGCUCACUCUACCAUGGCUUUGCCUUCUUUCUUAUUAUUUUGGAAUGGAAUGGACUCUAGAAGUAUUCUAGAUGUAGCAGCUUGCAAGCCAGAUUCUUUUUCCAGUUCCAGAACUGGUUUCGCUAGGGCCAUUCUCCAGGAAUCCUGUAUUCUUGGAUUUUUAAAUUCUCAUUCUCCGUAUCUAAUCCUAAACUUUAGUAGUCUACCCAUACAGCUCAGUGUACUUCAUCAGUGAUGUAAUGUUGCACAUAGUACAGUUGUAGAACUAAACUUACCAUGAGAGUAGAUGCUGAAUAGAUCACCUGUGCAGUAGCCUUCCCCUCCCUCCAUUCCCCUUGUUCUAAGUACAUUGCCAGGGUUGUGGAUAUAUAUACUUCUUUGUGUAUAUUUACAUAUAUUUACAUGUUUAAUUUUUCCUUUCUUAACAUAUACCUUUCAGGGCUCUCACCUCCCUUCGUGAUGCUAGAAAACUCAGAAACUUUUGGUGCCCUAACCAUUGCUUUUAUGAAUCUCUCUUAGAGCCCCACAGUGGUUGGGGGACAGGAAAGAAUCCCUGAAGCUUUGAAAGCUGGUUUGUGGUCAUAUCCUUGGCAGGAUAUAACCCAUGCAGCUCAUGCUACUGAAAAAUUGAUCAGUUAGAACAUCUACUGUUAUGAUGAAGUUUACUUUUACACAACUGUACUUUGUCAUUCGAUCUUCCACUAAUUCAUACUUACUCCAGCAUGGAUUGACUGUGUUAACAACUGAUGCAAGAAUAAUAGCCUCAAAUUAAAUGUGAAAAAUAUAGUAUAGUUCAUUUUGGUAAGCAAAACAUUUUCACAUACCAUAUAGAUGCCAAACCCCUCGUGUGGCACUAUUGUAAGGGAUCUAGGCAUUCUUCUUGAUAAUUCCUUAUUUGAUCCUGUCUCCAUAGUAGUUCAGGAAGUCUUCUGUCUGAUUCUUCUACUUUCCAAAGGCAUCUCCAUUAGAACCAAAGAAGUUUUAAUUCCCUUUUGCUUGUAUUUCAUCAGAUGUAUUAUUGAAUAUAAUGCACCUUUUGGUAUGCUUUUGACUAAGCAUAUCACUUAGUUUAAAUAAUUACUGUCUCAACAUUUUUUGUUAUCAAGACAGACUGGCAGCCCUGUCUCAGACUUCUCUAUGAAAAUCUGUUGACCUCCAAAUCCUUCACAGAAGAAAUGAUAUAGCAAAUACAUGGUUAAAGGAAGUAAACUUUAAUCAACAGAUAAAUAGACCUGUUAGCGUGAAAGAAUCAUGUGGCCACCUAUCCCUCCCUUCUGGAACAGACUUCUGUUACAUGUCAAACAGAGUCUCACCUUUGUCACCUUCAGGGUAAAUCUAGGUAAGUGUGUGGGCAGCCUCAAAUUCUCCUGUCAUCAAUCUUGUCCUCCUUGAGGCUAGAGGGAACUUUAGAAUUGAGGUUUUUGGCUAUGCUUGUAAUGGCUUUCAGGCUGAUCACUUAGUAUUUACCUAUAACCCUGUUUAAAAAAGGAUUAAAGGGGUGGAUAUUUGCAGAAAAUAAAAAAGAAAACCUAUGGUAUUCCAUGUGGUUAUGUUAUAUAAUGUGUUUUAAAAUAAAUGUGGAAUAGUGCACGUGA